GGCAACACUACAAUGUAAACAAAAUCUCGCUAUCUCGUCUCCUGUUGUUUCGUCAACAAACAAAAUCUUAAGAACCAUUAACCUAGAUUAAGUUUCUCUGCGAAAUGAUAUUUUAAAUAUAUUUUUUGUGUUCUAUUAAUAAAAACGUUAAAUAUGCCUUCUCAUACUAAUUUGGCUUAUGUGAAUGAGGAUGACUUCUCUCGAAAAGACAACGAGGAACGAUUUGACAGCUCAAGUUUUGUUACUGAAUCAUCGAUAAAACAUCAUGAUAUUAGACCUACUAAUCGCUCAAAGCAACGUUAUUUUUCAGUUGCAAUAUUGUGUUUUAUAAAUUUAAUUAACUAUAUGGACAGAUUUACAAUUGCAGGCGUUUUGGAGAAAGUACAAAAUUUUUAUGGAAUUGGAAACACAGAAGGAGGCUUGCUUCAAACAGCAUUUAUAGUUAGUUAUAUGAUUAUGGCUCCAAUAUUUGGUUAUCUAGGUGACAGAUACAGCAGGAAAAUUAUCAUUGCUGUUGGAGUAACUUUUUGGAGCGUUACAACUCUUUUAGGUUCUUUCAUCCCUCCUCAUCUUUUUGGAGUAUUUUUGUUUCUUCGAGCUUUAGUUGGUACAGGAGAAGCAAGUUAUUCAACUAUAGCUCCCACUAUAAUAGCAGAUUUGUUUUCAAAGGACCAACGGUCAAAAAUGUUAGCCAUAUUUUAUUUUGCCAUUCCUGUAGGAAGUGGAUUGGGCUAUAUUCUUGGCGAUCAGAUUACAUCUUUUCUAGGCCAGUGGCAACAUUCAUUACAGGUCACGCCUGCCUUAGGUCUUGUGUCAGUAAUUUUGACUCUUCUUUACGUCAAAGAUCCACCAAGAGGUGAAGCUGAAGGUGGUGCUGUUUUGGAAGCAACAUCUUUAUCUGCAGAUAUGAGAGAUUUGUUUCGAACAAAGUCCUUUGUAUUUUCCACCUUAGGAUUUACAAGUGUUACCUUUGCUACAGGUGCUUUGGCUUGGUUUGGACCUAAAUACAUGGAAUUAGCAAUAAAAAGACAUGUUUCUCUUGGCUCUGCCCCACCAAAGGCUGCUUUAGUCUUUGGUGUCAUUACUUGCAUUGCUGGAAUCGUUGGAGUCAUUAUUGGUUCAUCUUCUUCACAAUAUUUUCGUAAAAAAAAUGCCAGAGCUGAUCCGUUAAUUUGUGCUUUUGGUGUUUUAACUAGUGUUCCCUUGGCUUAUGCUGGAAUUGUAGCGGCAGAUUAUAGCAUGCCAUUAUCAUGGAUCCUUAUAUUUCUGGGUGAAGUUUGCUUAUGUGUGAAUUGGACUAUUGUCGCAGACAUGCUUUUGUAUGUCAUUAUACCGACGAGAAGAUCAAUGGCAGAAGCUGUUCAAAUACUUGUUUCUCAUGCACUUGGGGAUGCAUCUAGUCCUUACUUCAUUGGAGUUGUAUCUGAUGCAGUUUUAAAAUCAACAACUGCAGAUGAAUUUUUAGCUCUGCAAUAUGCAUUGUAUAUACCAAUGGCUGUGCUGGUUGUGGGUGGACUUUUCUUUUUCUUAACAGCUUUGUACAUUGAAGAAGACAAAACGAAAUGUAGUUUAACUACUCAUGGUGUAUAUCCUUCAUUGUGCAUUUUCACAGAAGAACCUAUUCAGAUCCCCGCUGACGAGUUAAAUUACAAUCCGCAUCUACUUUAAGAUCGAGGCUUUGAAUCUUUACAGUCAUUAUUUAAUAUUAUGUGUUCUGUCCUGUGUUUAUUUAGUGUAAAAUAUUUAUAAUACUGUGAUCUUUUUUGUUACAAUAUAUUCAAGAUUUAUCUUUUCAGAACUGUACCUGAAAUAUUUUUAGUUUAAUUUUAUUUAUAGCAAAUUGUGCAUAGUAAAUCUUAUAAUCAAUGUUAAGAGCUUUUAGGACUAGGUAAGAGCCAGAGUGGUCUUAACCCACCCUAAAAACUUGACCAUGAAAAAAUAUUUGACUACAAGUUAAGUUAUAGACAGUAUUUAAAAGAAGAAAAAGAAUCAUUUAUCUAAAUACACGAGUAAAAGGUUGUUAUGCUAGUUAUGGGUUGUUAUUAUUUUUUUCCCAUCACCAAUAAAACUUUUUGAUUUAAGGCAAAUAGUCUUUGAGCACACUUUAUGGCUCAACUUCUAAGAUAUUCUAACUAGGCCAAUGUUUGGUUGUAUUUUAUAUUAUAUAAAUUAUCUACAAUUGUAUCCAUUUUAAAUACCAUUUUUUGUUUACUAACAACAACUUAGUGCCAUCAUCACUUUUUAAUGGAAUAGGCAUAUCAAAUUUUAAUCAAGAAUCAACUGGUAUUUUAUGCAUGUUAAAUUCUGUAAAAUUGCUUUUGCUCGAUAUCUAUAAUUUAACAUAAUUGCCAAUUUUUAUGAAGGAUUAUGAUUUAACACAAAAUGUUUCUUCAUCAUAAACUCUAUAAUUAAAGUUAAUGCCAGAAGUUAAAUUAACUUGAAUAUAGUUAUUAAAAAAGAUUAAACACAUGUCUGGUUUAAAAUUUAUUGACAAACAUUUUCACACAAUUCUAAUAAAUAAAUACAAUCUAAAUGGAAGUUCAGGAUUCAUUUUAUUUUUAAAGUGAAAAAAUACAGUAAUUGGUGUUAAUAAAAAAUAAUUUAUUAGCACAAAAAAUAUGGAUAACUAAACUAUAAUCUUAACUCAAAUCUCAUCAAAAGAUAAAUUUAUCUUGGGGGUAAUUUUUUACCUGCAAGUCACAUAUCAGCUUUGAAACAUAGAAUAUAGUUAUACUUUAGUAUAUAAAUUGGAAACAAGAAAUCACAAUAGUUCUAAAAUAAUAUUAACUAUAUGCCAAUAAAGAAUUUAUUUUUAACAUUGAAAAAGUAAUUUGCAUUUUUAAAAUUUACUUUGACAAAAAACAAUGUUUAAAUGCGUCAUGUAUUUCUGGCAAUCGUUUUAUAAAACAUUCAUAACAUAGUGAAUGUAUUUAUAUAUGUCUGUGAUUUAUUUUUCUUUAAAAAAUUAUUUUCAGUUACAGAACAAAAUAUUACACAAGCCAAAGAUCCUUCCUUUCCAGUAAAUAAUCUGUUGAUUGAAAAAAAGGAAUUGUCUCAAAUUACAUCAUUAUGAAAGUUGAUAAGAUUCAUUAAAUUAUGUAUUGCUCAUCUGUAAUUCAAUUAUUAGUUCAAUGAUUUCACUCAAUUGUAUAUAAAUGUACAGUGCAAUAAAUAUUUCUAUACAUCA